CGAUGCUCCCAGGUCGCUCGGUCGCUCCCGCCGAGCGGUGCCGAGCGUUUCCGAGUGCGCUCCCCGGGUCGAACCGAGCGGUUCCGAAGCGGCCCGAAGUGUCCCGAGUCCUUUCAGGCCUCGUCCGAACGGGGCUCGGCGGGGCCCGAAGCGCUGCGCCCGCGCUGCUGCCGGCGGCCAAUCGCAGCGCGGGACGCGGCCGAGGCCCGAAGCGGUACCUGGCGGCUCCCGAGUCCGCCCGAACAGGGCCGAGUCCCCGAGCGGCCCGGCCCGCGGGGUCGAAGAAUCCCGAGUCCGCUCGAGUCUUUUCCGAUCCCGCCCGAAGGCGGGUGAGGCGGCCGCGAGUAAAGCCGAGAUGUGCCGAACCUCUUCCGAGCGCUCCCGAAUUCCCUUUCGCCGUCCCGAACGGCAGCUCCCGAACGGGCACUGCCCGAAACCGCCCGAACCCGCCCGAACCGGGCCGAGCUCCGAUCGCAGCCGAAGGGACGGGGGCGGGGCCGCACGAACGGCCGCGGCGCGGGGGCUGCCGGGAUGCUGGAGGACUAGAGGGGGAGGGGGUGCUAAGAUGGCGGUGGUGAGGAGAGGAAGAACUUAUUCGGUCCUCUCAUCUGUUCCUUUACAGAUGUUAUUCUAUAUAAAUGGGUUUUAUUACAUCUUUUACUUCGUGGCGACGCUUGCGAUGCUUAUUUAUAAAAGUCAGGUUUUCAGUUAUCCCGAUGGUUUUUUGGCUCCCGAUCUUGCCCUGCUCUGCAUCAUGGCUGUUCUUGAAGCGCUGCGGUUGUACUUGGGUUCAAAGGGUAACCUGAUAGAAGAAGAGGCUCCAUUAGGACUCAGCCUUGUGAUAACGGUCGUGAGCAUGAUUCUAUCUGUGUAUUUCCUGAUAUGGCAAACUUACGUGCUCAAAGCAGAUGUCAUUCUAAACACCAUUCUUCUCUUUAUGUAUGGGCUUGAGUCAGUACUCCAGGUCUUGGCCAUUGCUGCUUUUGUUGGCUAAGCCCUAACUGUGACACAUUUCUUCUUUAAAAGAGUGUUUUUCCAUUUCAAAGAUUUAAUUCUUCUGCAUCUCAAAGUUCAGCAAUGCUUCCUCCUGUUUAAAUGCCCUAUUCUGGCAGAGAUAGCUGCAAAGCAGGAGGUGAGAUAGCUCUACCACCUAUAUCACACAGCUCAUCACUUAGUGUUCAUGAGGGAUCAAUAUUAAUUCCCAAUGCAGAAUAGCAGCCAGUGCUUCAUGCCAUUGAGAUUGCAUGAGUUUUCAUGGCACAGAGCAACACCACACAAGCAAAGUGACAUGGAACUCAAUGAGGCCAGUGUCGUAUAGACUCUUUUCCUGCAUACACUUACAUCUUUCAAUGCUUUUGCUUUAUCACUCAUCUGCUCUCAUUUGUUUUCAGACCCCAAUCAUCAUUCCCCUGCCUUUAGUAGGGCAGUAUCUGACUGGUCCCAGUGGGGCUGGGUUGAACUGAGUUUUACUCCUGGGAGAGCUGAGCCACGAGGUUUGGAUGGCUGCUUCUUAUUGACAUGGAGACCAAAGACAGUGGUGUGAGGGUCUGGUUGUUUAAACACAAGCAGCCCAAAGAUCAGCUUGAACAUUCACCAUUCACCCUUCUGUCCUGUUCCGAAGCCCAACAGAUGCUGUCAGACAUAGUUCUAUUUAAUCUUUAACAUCUUUAGUGCCACGACUCUGCACAAGUGACUACAUUCCAACCUCUUUCAUUCAAUCAACUGUGCAGUUUCAGGUGUUCUUUCUUUUUUAACCUACCACAGAUACAUAAUAAUGUAAAGCUUGUGGGUUUUUUGGGUUGUUUUGUUUUCUUUUUUGUACUGACAAUUUUUAUAUUCCGAAUUUCUUAUAUUUAUUUAUUCAAAUAAAUGAUGUAUUAGAUCUAAGAAGUGUUUGAA